AUGGCUGGAGGUGGUGCACCAAUCGGUCCUUCAGCUUCGCCCUUGGGCCAGGCUUGGGGUUAUGGCAUUGUUCUUGGUGUUGGCUUCUUGUUUGCUCUCGGCAUGAUCUUGACGACGUGGGUUCUCAAGCGAUACAACAAUGAAGUACAGACUUCGGAAAUGUUCUCGACGGCUGGUCGCACGGUCAAGUCAGGCCUUGUUGCUAGUGCUGUUGUCUCGUCCUGGACUUGGGCUGCUACGCUCUUGCAGAGUUGCUCUGUUGCUUUUCGAUAUGGUGUUUCUGGACCAUUUUGGUAUGCCUCGGGUGCUACCGUGCAGAUUUUGCUGUUUGCGACGGUGGCUAUCGAGUUGAAGAGAAGAGCGCCAAAUGCGCAUACCUUCCUGGAAGCUGUUCGUGCCCGUUAUGGAACUGCUACCCAUUUCGUCUACAUCACUUUUGGCCUGUUCACCAACACUCUGGUAACAGCCAUGUUGCUCACCGGCGGAUCAGCCGUCAUUUCCUCGUUGACCGGUGUACCGACCGCAGCAGCUUGCUUCUUGCUACCACUUGGUGUCGUCGUUUACACCAUGUUUGGUGGCAUCAAGGCUACCUUCCUUACCGACUAUGUGCACACAGUGAUCCUGCUCAUCAUCCUCUUGACCUUCGCUUUCACCACUUAUGCCAGCGGUACUGCCCUCGGUUCGACUGAGGCGGUUUACAAGGCACUCAACAAGCUUUCUGACGAGAUGCCCGUGCCAGGUAACGCCGGCGGAAGCUACCUUACGAUGAAGAGCAAGGAUGGAGCGAUCUUCUUCGUCAUCAACAUUAUUGGUAACUUUGGUACCGUCUUCAUGGACAAUGGAUACUACAACAAGGCAAUUGCUGCUUCGCCUGUCCAUGCCCUUCCCGGUUACAUCAUUGGAGGACUGUCCUGGUUCGCUAUCCCAUGGCUGUGCGCCACCACCAUGGGUCUUGCCGCCCUGUCGCUGCAGAGCUCUCCCAGCUUCCCUACUUACCCGAACCUUAUGACCGAAUCCGAGAUCAGCGCUGGUCUUACCCUGCCGUACGCAGCUGUCGCGCUUCUCGGCUCCGGUGGUGCUGUCGGUACACUUUUGAUUGUCUUCAUGGCUGUCACCAGUGCUUUCUCCGCGCAACUGAUUGCCGUGUCUUCGAUCCUGACAUACGACAUCUACGGUACCUACAUCAAUCCUCAGGCCUCGGGCAAGCGUCUAAUUUACAUUUCGCACUCUUGCGUUGCGGGCUGGGGUAUUGUCAUGGCUGCGUUCUCUACAGGCUUGUUCUACGCUGGCAUCAGUAUGGGUUGGCUGUACGUUUUCAUGGGUGUCAUCAUCUCCUCCGCCGUGCUUCCAGCCACACUCACUCUGAUGUGGAAGGGCCAGAACUUCUGGGCUGCUACACUCAGCCCUAUUCUUGGUCUUGCCUGCAGUUUGACAGCAUGGCUGGUCACAACCUCAAAGCUCAACGAUGGAGUCAUUAGCGUCGCUACUUCAGGCGCCAAUAACCCUAUGUUGGCUGGAAACGUCGUCGCACUGCUCUCGCCCAUGAUCUUCAUCCCGGUUCUUACCUUGAUCUUCGGCAUUGACAAUUAUGACUGGGAGUCAAUGAAGAACAUCCGUCUCGGCGACGAUUCCGACGUGACCGCCGCCGCGCAUCUCGACAUCGAACAUGUCGUCGGCCGCCACGGCGCUCUCUCUCCUGAAGCCGAAGCCGCCGAGCAAGCCAAAUUGCUGCGCGCCUCCAAAAUCGCCAAAUACACGACCGCAACCAUGACGCUUGCCCUCCUGGUUCUCUGGCCCAUGCCCCUCUACGGCACCGGCUACAUCUUCAGUCAGAAAUUCUUCUCCGGCUGGGUGAUUGUUGGCAUUAUUUGGCUCCUGUGCUCGACGAUGGCGGUCGGUGUGUAUCCGCUGUGGGAAGGCAGGAAGAGCUUGGCGAGGAACUUUGGCGGUAUGUGGAGGGACUUGACGGGCAAGGGAAGGAAGCCGAUGCCGCACGUUGUGGAGGGCGAGAAGAUGGCGGAGAGCGGAACGCAUACACCUACUGCGAAGGAGGCGGAGGCGACGACCGUUGUUGGCUGA